UUCCACGUACGGCUGGAUCCGUUCCAUCCUCUUGAAGUGUCUCUCUUGGUAUGCAUGAUGGACAUCUCGAGUUUUGACGAUUGGGUUGAGACCUUUGACAUCGAUUCCGUAACCAGCCAUGUUCAUCCUUGUAAUGCGGUUGACGAGACAUUCUUCGCGUCGCCAAGCACUGACGACACUUGUGCUCGGGCAGAGCCAAGGCCUUCUACCUCACAGCAACAGCCAUCGGGUUGUAUGUUGGGCAACAUAGCUGGCCUCGAACACUUCGGCAUCCCGGAAAAGGACGACCUUCUAGAACGAUCAGCAAGGUAUCAUCGCCCACCAGAUACCACCAAGGUUGCCGAGCCGGAAUGGAAGCCACCUCCAAAAAUCGGGACGCGGUUUUCCUCCGGGUCGACCAGGAUUCUCAAGUCUUGGCUAGCAGACCACCAGCAUCAGCCGUAUCCUACAGUGGCAGAUAUUGAGCUCAUGCGGACGCGGACAGGCCUCGCCAGGCAUCAGAUCGUCACUUGGUUCAGGAACGCCCGCAGACAGCGCAAAACCCAGCCCAUGCGACCGCCGACACCUCUUCCUCGACAACCACAAGCCGAGUUCAUAUCCCGUACGCCUGAGCCACGCGAGCAGACGCUACCCUUCCAAGACAUGAACCCUCUCCAGCGUUGGCAGAACUCGCCUCCUGAGCAUGAACCGGUUGCGGCUUAUGCAAUCGCCCGGGCCAUGUCUGGACUACUAGGCCUGAACAGCACCGACGGCGUGUCCCAUUCACCAGAAGACGCAGCUCCCGUAGUUGCGGGCUCAUGGCAAGACGACUCGUCCGCAAGUAGCGCGGCUACUUCGCAGCUCAGCAGCUCGUUGGGCUCUGCCUGGUCCGACGAUUCCGGGCCGCCAUGUGGAAGAUUUGAUCGCCGGAAGCUCAACAAGCGAAGACGACGCCGGAAUCCCGCGACGCAGUGCGAAAUAGACAGCUUAAAGCCUCUGAAUGCCGUCUGCUACACCUUCCAAUGCACGUUCUGCACCGAAUCAUUCAAAACCAAGCACAACUGGCAACGCCACGAAAAUUCCAUGCACUUAUCGCUGGAGCAGUGGGGUUGCUCGCCCCAGGGGCCUACCUUUCGGAACGUGGAUGGCAACAUCGCGUGUGCAUUCUGUGGGCAGCUGGACCCUGACCAUGACCAUGUGAUGAAGCAUAACUACGCCACCUGCUAUAAACGCUGUCCUGAAGAGCGAGUAUUCUACCGGAAGGAUCAUCUUCAGCAGCACCUCAAGCUGGUUCACGAGGCCACGUUCAUGGAGUGCCCGAUGAAGCAGUGGAGACGCGAGAUGCAGGAUCUGCGGUCACGAUGUGGUUUCUGCGAGCUCGUCAUGGAUACGUGGGCUGAUCGGAUCGACCAUCUAGCUGACCAUUUCAAGCAGGGAAAGUCAAUGGCUGACUGGAAGGGUGACUGGGGCUUCGACGAUCAUGUGCUAGAUAUGGUAGAGAACUCUAUACCUCCGUAUCUGAUAUACUACGAACGAAACUCUCCGUGGCCGUUUACGACUCUGCAAGGGCCUGUAGAGACUCCAGUCAGCGCGUAUGAGCUGAUUAAGACGGAGCUUGACUACUGGAUGAAUCAUGCCAACCGGGGCAGAGGUUUGCCCUCAGUUCAGGACCUUCAGUACGAGAGUUGCUGCAUUAUCCUAGGCUCAGAGAUACUUUCCAAGCAACCGGGAGAGCCACCGACAUCGUGGCUUCGGGACCUUCUGAUGUCAUCGCCGGAGAUGGUCCAAAAGGCACGCAUCCGUCCUACAAAAAGCUCCUUGAAAACCCGUAUCACACAGCUCAAGAUCCAUGGCAAAAACGACAUUUUCGAAAACUGUAGCGCAGAAGCACGGCUUCGGAGUUUCGCUGACACAUCGAGGUCUGAGGGUGUCAUGAUUGGGCAUGUCGAGCUUCAACUGGAAGCGAGCAACAUCGUCGCCUCGAUGGAGUCAUGCUCACCAAAGCCUUCAGCCAUCUUUUCACGCUUCUUGGAUAGUCUUAUCUUUGCAUCUACGGAGUGGCUGCUUCCUUUCCGCAAUCGCGCGAAUCUGGGAUGGGAAGGGAGUGUGUCAGAGCUUGCGAGCAUGAUCCAAGUUCCUGAGCUCGGCUCGUUGACGGGGGAUUCUGUCUCUACCACGCUGACGUUUCAAGAUCCGAUACCUUGCCCUGUGAAUGAUGGCGCUGGCCCAAUCCUGGCUGCAUACUUUCAAGACGACAGCAAUUGCUACAGACGUCUCACUAGAGAACUUUCAGGGUACGUGUCGAGCACACUGUCUCCUCACAACCCAACUAGGCAUUUUCCGUCAGACGAGGAGCUACAACACCAGGCGAGGUGGAUCAUGUUUGACAACGACGAUCCUUGGAACCAAACACCAGCUGACAAUCCGAACUGGUUGCGAGAUUUUAAACGAACCAUUGGCCUGAUACCCGCCGGCUCUGUAUGA